AUGUUUCCUAGCCCUGUGACAACGACACCCUUCUCGGUCAAGGAUAUUUUGAACCUGGAACAGCAUCAGAGCGGCCUUGCCUCCAUGGAGCUCUCCUCGCUGUCCUCCCCCUCCUGCAUGCUGGCCACCUUCAAGCAGGAGACGUACAGCGCCGAGCCCCCGGCCCUGCCCGACCUGCGGGAGGAGCUGCCUGAGCCCCACCCGGCCAAAACCUCCGCUGCCUUCCCCGGCUCCUACUACGUUAAAAGCUACGUGGAAAUGGACUCGGCCAAGGACGCCAAGGCGGACAAGAAAGGUAAAGCCCGCGAGGAACGGGCUCGCCAGUGGCCUCCGAGCUGA